CUUGUAGGUAGUUUUCGUUGUGAACACACUCAGUUAACAGAUGAGUACUAUCUGGAUAGGACAAAAUAACUUACCGGAGAGGAUAAACAAUCGGGAACUCAAACUCUUCAACCUUAAAAAAUAUCUGAAACUCAACAGAACGCAACACUUGAGAGGAGGACUGACUGCUUGAGAUGGAUUGUUCAGAAAUCUGCAAUACAAUGCUUUUGAAAACAAAUUGAUACUUUGUUCCUUUUGUAUUUAACUGACUGAUUUAUAUCUUACGUUAUCUCAUGAUUUCAUGAGAUAAACUGAUUUCGAAUCGGAUGUAAAGCGGACCGCUUUAGAUUUUUCUUUUAACUUUUUACCAAUAAACAAUACUGGAAUGUAAUCGCACGUAUUGGAUAUAUUGGAUUUAUAAAGGCGCAUUCAUUACACAGAGCAUCUGGACAUCAUCAAUCAAUUCAAAUAUGGGGAAUAUUGAAAGUGUGGACGGGCAGUCCGAGUUAAAGCAUCAUAUGAUGCCUUUGAAAGUUCCGAUGCCCGACCCAACAGAGCUUGAAGAAAGAUUUGCCAUAGUUUUGAACUCUAUGAACCUGCCUCCAGAUAAAGCACGUCUCCUACGGCAGUAUGAUAAUGAGAAGAAAUGGGACCUAAUUUGUGACCAGGAGCGUUUCCAGGUGAAGAAUCCUCCACAUACAUACAUCCAGAAACUACGUGGAUAUUUAGACCCAAAAGUCACACGCAAGAAAUUCCGCAGGAGGGUCCAAGAAUCCACCAAAGUCCUGCGUGAGCUGGAAAUAUCAUUGAGAACCAAUCACAUCGGGUGGGUUCGUGAAUUCCUCAAUGAUGAGAACAGGGGUCUGGACAUUCUGGUGGAGUAUCUCUCCUUCGCCCAGUGUGCUGUCAUGUUGGAUUUUGAAGCGCUGGAGAUGGCCGAUGACUGUUCGCUGGACAAAGCUAAGUCCUGGAGCAGGUCCAUUGAGGAUCUGCACCAGAACGGCUGCAAUACGCUGGUGCGCUCUGCGCGGCAAUCCGUCCUCCGGUAUGGCUCAGCGUCCAACAGCAAAACCAUCAAGAACUCCAGAUUAGUCAGUCAAAAGGACGACGUGCACGUGUGCAUUAUGUGUCUCAGAGCAAUCAUGAACUAUCAGUAUGGCUUCAACCUUGUCAUGUCUCAUGAUCAUGCGGUUAAUGAGAUUGCCCUGAGCUUGAACAAUAAGAACCCAAGAACAAAAGCGCUGGUCCUGGAACUGCUGGCUGCUGUGUGUUUGGUGCGGGGAGGCCAUGAAAUUAUCCUCUCGGCGUUUGAUAACUUCAAAGAGGUGUGUAAAGAAAAGCAUCGGUUUGAGAAGCUGAUGGAGUAUUUUCGUAGUGAAGAUGGAAACAUUGACUUCAUGGUGGCCUGUAUGCAGUUUAUCAACAUUGUGGUUCAUUCGGUGGAGGACAUGAACUUCCGCGUACAUCUGCAGUAUGAGUUCACUAAACUAGGCCUUGAUGACUUCCUAGAGAAAUCUAAGCACACAGAGAGUGAUAAGCUAUCGGUGCAGAUUCAGGCAUACCUGGAUAAUGUGUUUGAUGUUGGAGGACUAUUGGAGGACGCUGAAACAAAAAAUGUGGCUUUGGAGAAGGUGGAAGAGCUAGAGGAGCAUUUGUCACAUGUGACAGAGAAGCUUCUCGAUGUUGAAAAUGAGACCAUGAUGAAGGUAGCAGACCUUGAGAAACAACUAUUACAGAAAGACAAGGAAUUGGUUACUAUAAAGGAGACGUAUGAGUCCACCAGCACACAGGUUAACACACUGCGGCGGAUGAUCCAAGAGAAAGAUGCCGCUUUCCAGAGGCACAAUAACAUUGAGAAGCGGCUGCUGGAGCUGGAGCAACAGGGCACCAUCCGUUUGCGAAAACAGCCUGAUGGGGACAUUGCAAUCGAGGCUUUGGGUGGUGGUGGUGGAGUGGUUGGUGGGUCUGUCUGUGGAGCUCCUCUGGGAGACUUGGGCUUACUUUCUGCAGGCGUGACUGGGAACGGAGGUCUGGGCGUUACCUCGCCCAGCGCUGUAGAAGAUGUUGCUCCACCGCCGCCUCCACCUCCACCACCGCCUCCACCUGCCCCACCCCUCCCGUCAGAAGUGGAGUGCAUUCCUAUUCCUCCUCCUCCUCCACCACCUCUACCUAUUUCUGGAGCAUCACCAUCAGUUAUACUAAGUUUAGGCUUAUCAGCCAUACGCAUUAAGAAACCCAUAAAAACCAAGUUCCGCCUCCCUGUCUUCAACUGGACUGCACUGAAACCCAACCAGAUCAAUGGCACCGUCUUCAGCGAGAUCGAUGACGAGCGUGUGCUCGAGGAGCUGGAACUGGAGAAGUUUGAGGAGCUGUUCAAGACGAAAGCUCAAGGACCUGUGGUGGACCUGCCCUGCACAAAGAGCAAAGUGUCUCAGAAGGCCAUGAACAAAGUCCAGCUGCUGGAUGCCAACCGCUCGAAAAACCUGGCCAUUACUCUGCGCAAGGCUAACAAAACCACAGAGGAAAUUUGUAAAGCUAUUCAAACGUUUGAUCUGAAGGCUCUGCCGGUGGACUUUGUUGAAUGUCUCAUGCGGUUCCUGCCCACUGAGGCUGAGAGCAAACUCAUGCGUCAGUAUGAGAAGGAAAGGAGACCUCUGGAUCAACUGGCUGAGGAAGACCGUUUCAUGCUGCUCUUCAGCAAGAUCGAGCGUCUCACUCAGAGAAUGAGCAUCAUCACAUUUGUGGGGAACUUCAGUGACAAUGUCAACAUGCUGACACCGCAACUCAAUGCCAUCAUUGCGGCAUCUGCCUCCGUGAAGUCCUCUCCAAAACUGAAGAAGAUCCUUGAAAUCAUUCUCGCCUUAGGAAACUACAUGAACAGUAGCAAGAGAGGCUCUGUGUAUGGCUUCAAACUGCAGAGUCUGGAUCUGCUGCUUGAUACUAAGUCUACUGACCGGAAGAUGACAUUGUUGCACUACAUCGCUUUGGUCGUAAAAGAAAAAUAUCCGGAACUGGCGACUUUCUACAACGAGCUACACUUUGUGGAUAAGGCGGCAGCAGUCUCUCUGGAGAACGUUUUGUUGGAUGUUAAGGAGCUCGGGAAGGGGAUGGAGCUGGUCAGGAGGGAGUGCAGUCUACACGAUCAUGCCGUUCUCAAAGGCUUCGUGCAGACCAGCGAUACUCAGCUGGACAAACUUCAGAAGGAUGCCAAGACUGCCGAGGAGGCUUUCAACAAUGUGGUGCUUUAUUUUGGAGAGAGUCCAAAGACUACGCCCCCAUCUGUGUUCUUUCCAGUGUUUGUCAGGUUUCUCAAAGCUUACAAGGAAGCUGUGGAGGAAAACGAACAGAGGAAGAAGCAGGAACAAGCCAUGAGAGAGAAACUACUAGCACAGGAAGCCAAACAGCACGACCCCAAGGUCCAGGCUCAAAAGAAGAGGCACCAACAACACGAACUGAUCGCAGAGCUUAGACGAAGACAAGCCAAAGAUCACCGGCCUGUGUAUGAGGGCAAAGAUGGCACCAUUGAAGACAUUAUCACAGUGCUGAAGAGUGUGCCCUUCACUGCCCGCACCGCCAAACGGGGCUCUCGCUUCUUCUGCGAUACCAACCUCUUCGACGAGUCCAUCUGCUAGCCCCCCAAACCCCCCCCAAAAAAUCCCUAAUGCCGCAGAUCUCCGAAGCCAGCCCUUCCUGCGAGCUGACGCGGUGAUCCGGAAUGGGUGGAAGCGACCCUAAAGACCCCUCAUUCACUCACUCACUGCUACCCUCCCCUGCUUUCUUCUGAAAUGGCAUCUUCCUGCGAUUCACAGUGACUGAGGGAAGUGCAGGACCGUUCAUUUUAAGGGGUGGGGAAGUUUUUAUUUAUUUAUGGAAAUCCUCUUUGGAUUCUGCACUGGAGGCUCUCUCAACAAAGCCGUAAAUGCACAGACAUUAAGGGCUACCACCCUGUCCUCGUGAACGCUCACAAACGUUAAUCCCGAGGAGCGUCCGAGUACGCUUGUGUUCGCACGGGAAAAGGUGGAUCCCUGUGCGAAACGGAAAGGCUUUGGUUGUGUAAAGACACGUGGUAAUGCUUACAAUGAAGAGCCUGCCAACGGGAUCUCGUGCCCCUUAACGUGGAUUUUCUUAUAUUGUGCAAUCUAAGCAUGACUUUCUGACAGUGGGGAAGUGCAGUAUGGUCAGAUUUUUUUGAUCUCCAGAGCUUGUUUGUACAGUUCUUAUUCUGUAAUAUUUGUUAAUCCUAUUUGAUCUGGAUUAGCAGGUUAGUCCGUCUCCAGUAUGUUAACCUUGACCAGUACUAUGGUUACAAAGAAGUGCCUUUCCGUUGAGUCAGUAUUAUUUCUUAUAGCCAAUAUUGACAUAUUGAAGUUUAUACUGUUUUUGUUAAUCGUUAUGUUGUAACAUUUUGAUACUUAUGUAAAUAUAUGCAAUAAUCCAAGUGCAUUGGAGCUUUAAUGAAAGGGCCUGAAUGUGCCCCGUUUAACUGACCAUGUAUGUGCCUUGUAUUGAUAGUGCCCCUGUGUCCUCAUUCAGCCUUUAGAGACCUCAUGACAUCACAAUUGGUGUUGUUUAAAAAUAUUUAUGAAUUAGCAGGCACACAGAUGCUUUCUUAAAUGUCAAUGGUUCUGUUAAAGUGAUGAUAUGGGUCUUUAAAUGCUAGCAUUUGGCUGCAUGUACCAAGAGUAUACAGUACUGUCCUUAAUGCUUAUGCAAUGCCAUGAAACUUUAAGAAUAGGGUUCUGGUGCAUUCUCUCACACUGCAGAUUUAUGAUGUGUAUAGUAAUGUAUUUUACAUGUAUUUUGAGUUAACUUUUUUAAAUCACCCCAAAUUUGUUAAGAUAGGAAUAUCUCUCAUGUAUAAUUUGUACUGGAGUUGACCCUAAACCAGCUACCCAAGACACCUGUUAUAUGAAGGAAAACCACCAUUAUUUGUAAAGCAAUCAGUUUGUUUUAUAUAUUUUGAUGUUACCAUAUAGUUUGAUCUUAAUCAAAUCAUAAUCUCUUUGCACUAUCAUUAAAUAAGCCCCAAUUCAAUGGUUGUCCACCCAGUGACUGUCUCAGAGGACAGAGCAUAACUGUACACUGCACAGUAACUAAAGCUCAAGAGAAGUACUGAAAAACAACCGUAACACUAACAAUAACAGGUCCUGUUGUUUUCGUAACUUCUCUGAAUCACAUCCUAUACUAAAUGAAGCCAUUUGGGAGGAAAAGCACAAAUAGAAAUGAAUGUACCAAAGUUUGGUUGAUAUGGACCAAUGAAUGCAGCAGCAGCUGGGUAGACUUUCAAAGUGUAAAUGGAUUUAAACAUUGGAAGACAUUGGAAAAUAAAAUCUUUAAAAUUGAA